CGUCCCUGAGUAGGCGUCGUGAAAUAAAGGGAGACGGAGAGAGAGAGAUGGGAAAUUUGAGGGAGGGUUGUGAGUUGAGUCGAUGAAAAAGAGGACGGGGGGAGAUUUUGAUGAUCUCCUCUGCUUCACUACUGCUGCUACUACACUAUUGUCCAGCGGGCGACGCCGCUAAUGAUUUAAAAUGCUGAGCUCCCGACAGCAAGUCAAAAGGAGGCCUUUUCAAGCACUCAACUUUCAACUUUUCAAAGGGCGACUAUUGAAGAAAUGUUUGUAUUCGAGAAAAGGAGAAACAGAAUGAAAGCCAAGAGAGAGGGUCUGUACGCACGAGCCAUCGGCCCGGGUCUCCACCUGGGAUUAUGCGUUCGCUCGUCCGGAGAACUGAGGCGGUGUCGUGCGUAAGAGAGAGGAAGUCGUGUGAGUCUGCGAUCAGCAGCGAACAACCAUGGCAUCGACAGAGCGAGAGGAAGUAUUUCCUGCGCCGCCGCCGUACGAGCCUGUGGGCGGAGGCGGAGCGUCAACGUCGCAGAGGUAUGCGCCUCCUCCAGGGCCCCCACCGCCAGACUCUUCCCGCUUGACAACAACAGCAACAGCAUAUGUCCCUCCUCCAGGUCCACCUCCGCCAGAGGCUGACGCAGCUCCCGGACCACCUCCCUUAGCUGCUGCGCCGCCAAUCUACGAGCCCUUCUCUUUCUCGUCGGCGUAUGCGCAGACGCAUGGCUCGCCACCACGGUGGCAUGCGCCGCCAGCCUACCACGUCUACUUUGACAGCACCUCGUCCAAGCUCACCUUCCACCUCAUCAUCCCUUCCACCGAGCCGCCGUGUGCGUGCGGCACCUCUUUCGAGUGCCAGUGUGGCCGCAGGAGGCCCACGCUAUGGACUGCCACGCGCAUCGGUGGUGCCACCGUGAGAUUCGAGAGGUUCUCGCCAAACAGCGCGACUACCUCACUGGCCUUUGAGGCGGGCAGGUCGCGCAACGUGCUCGAAAGAAAUACGACGGUCAUCAAGGACCAAAGCGAGAGGCAGGUCUCAAGCGUCAAGAAAAAGGCAGGCGCCUGGAUCACACGGGAUCUAGAGGAUAAGCAGCAGACAUGGCAGAGCCACGGCGAGCGUUCAUCGCACCAUCGGCUCGAGCUGACGUCCAGCCAGGGUCUCCCAUUGGCCAUCUUCCGGCCCUCUUCUUCUUCCGCGACAGCAUCUCCCGAGCCAGGCCGCGUCGAGCUGACAUCGCUGGCCUGGGGUCGCAUGCCGUCAGACGAGCUCGAGUGCGACUACGCAGGCGGGUGCGACUUUCGCCCACUGUACGGCUUCGUCUUCCGCUGCUCAGAGUGCUCCCAGGACGAUACUUUCGACAUCUGCGAAGCCCAUCUAGCCGACGAGCUCGUUGCCCACAACCCAAAGCACCACUUCCACAGGCAGCCCAGACCCUACACCGAAUACGACGACGCGGUGCGCGAGACUCCACUGCUCAGAGCGCCGGACCUGGCGAUGGAACGGGAGAGGCACGAGCUCAUCCUCUGCUCCCUUGCCGUCGUCUUGCUCCUGCCGUGAACACUGUGACGAUGCCCUGCCGCGAAAAUGUUGCACAUUCUGCUAGCUUUCUCGUUGACGAUGUCCACCUGGACCCCAGCAUUGACCUUCUCACUUCUUCCUUGACUCCACUUCCACAUCACUUGACAAGAUUAAUGCCCAUAGAUUGAGCCCAGCUGGGAUCUCGCUCCCAAUCUACACUCUCCUCCGGUCUGUCAUGACCCUCACGAUGCACCCAGUUCCCGCCACCUCGGUGAGCUUCUCGUGCCAGCCAAGCAGGACGGGACUCGCACCGAGCUCGGGCACCGAGAGGCCCUUGUAGAUGUACUUCAUGAGCGUGUCCUGCUCGUCG